AUGCACGCGCGGCAACCGCAUCAUUUUGGAAGUUCGCGGGAAUCAGAUUCUCAAGUCAUGAAUCGCGGAGUUUUAUCCCUCCUCCGCACGAACCCGUUACUACGUCGAGCUUUGCACAAAGGAGUCGAUUCUUCACCACCUCUUCGCUGGGUUUCAGUUCCUGAAAAGAUCGCCCUCUACAUGUUCAUUUCUGUAACAUUUUUGUCGUAUCCGACGUACGUUCUUCUCAGCCUGGAUAAUCUUCGUCCAAGGGUCGACAACGAACUCAACCCGGAGGUACAGGCUCAAAUUGACGAAAUCCGUGCAGCUCGCCAAUCACAUCAAUAGUUUUUUCCUCUAGAUACUGUAAAGUAGUUAUUUCGAUGAAAGGUUGUUUAACUUUUGGGAGCAAAUAAAUGAAUUGUACGAU